GUGGGAGAGGAGGCUUGGAUUGCAGUGAAGUCCACGUGUCCUUGUAACUUCACUCUGCAUUACGAAGUGGCUUCGCGAGGCAACAUUGUUCUCUCUGGAUUGCAGCCUAGGAACAUCACCCAGCAGAGGAGCAAAAGAGCCACCUUCCCUUCUGAGAAGGGCAGUGAUGUCACACGCCUCCCAGGAACAGCACCUACCAGCACACCUGCAGCAGAGGUGGAGGUCUGUGUGACAUUCCUCAGGUUCUCCAUAGUUCACUCCAUGGCUCCCCUGGGCCGUCUCCUGGUGUACUACGUGCGAGAGAAUGGAGAGGGGGUCACAGACAGCCUGCAGUUCACUGUGAACUCCUCCUUUGAAAACCAGGUUGCUGUGGUGCUCUCAGCAAACGAGACCAGACCCGGUGAUGUGGUGAACAUCAAGGUCAGAGCUGCAAAAUCAAGCUGUGUCUGCAUUGCCACUGUGGAUAAGAGUGUCUACUUGCUGAAGACAGGUUUUCAGCUGACAGCCAGUCAGGUUUUCCAGGAGCUUGCAGAGUAUGAUGUGUCUGAUGCUUUUGGAGCUCCAAAGGAAGAAGGGCACUUCUGGUGGCCAGGCAUGUCCUCACGUCGCCGCCGCAGAUCUUCUGUCUUCCCCUGGCACUGGGACAUCACCAAGGACGCUCGUUUCGCCUUUACAGAGACUGGUUUGGUGGUAAUGACUGACAUAGUCAGCCUGAACCACAGGCAGAACGGAGGCAUGUACACCGACGAGGCCGUGCCAGCCUUCCAGCCACACACUGGCACCUUGGUGGCUACAAUGCAUUCAAAAAUAGCCCCCAGCAGAGCAGAGAAGAGAAAAAGAACCUUCUUUCCUGAGACAUGGAUUUGGCACUGCCUCAAUGUCAGUAACACCUCAGGAGAAGCACAGCUGCACGUGGAAGUGCCUGACUCCAUCACCACCUGGAUCACUGAGGCCGUGGCUCUGUCUGAGGAGAAGGGAUUGGGCAUUGCCACUCAGACAGAACUGAAGACCUUUAAACCUUUCUUCAUUGAUUUCACCUUGCCAUACCACGUCAUCCGGGGGGAGCAAACCAAAAUCCCACUCACUGUCUACAACUACUUGGCUGUCUGUGUAGAGGUCCAUGUGAAGAUUUCUGUUCCAAAGGGCAUAAAGUUUGUUGGGCAUCCUGGGAAGCACCACCUGACCAGGAAGAAGUGUGUGGCCCCUGGGGAAGCUAAACCCACCUCUGUCGUUCUGUCCUUCAAUGAGCUGGGACUGAGCAACAUCACUGCAAAAGCUUUUGCUUAUGGUGGAACCAAUUGUUGCCAGGAUGGGAUGCAGACCUUAAAGAAUGGGAAGCACUCAGAGGACACUUACCUGGACAAAAGGACUCCAGUGGGAGUGGAUUAUGUUCGAAGCAGUGUGAUAAUCGAGCCAGAGGGACUGUCCAGGGAAUACACCUACAGUGUGUUCUUCUGCCCAAAUGAGAAAAUACACAUUUCCACACCUAACAAAUAUGAGUACCAGUACAUGCAGAAACCUGCCCAGAUGACCCAGUUCGACAUCGCCGUGAAGGCUCACAACGAUGCUCACCUGGCCUUGUCCUCUGGGCCACACGACAUGGCAGAGAUGACAGAGAUUGUUAUUGGGGGACAUCAAAACACUAAAACAUGGAUUUCCAUAAGCAAAAUGGGUGAGCCUGUGGCCAGCAGGGACACACCUGGCAUCCUCUCCUGGGAUGAAUUCCGCAGCUUCUGGAUCAGCUGGAAAAAUGGAAUAAUCCAGGUUGGCCAUGGUACUCGGGUGCUAAAUGAGUCUAUUAUUGUGGAGUGGAGAGUCCCCAAACAGCUUGAGGUGAAGUACAUUGGCUUUUCCACAGGCUGGGGGUCAAUGGGAGAGUUUAAAAUUUGGAGAAAAGAAGAGACUGAUGAAAAUCACAAUGAAGCAUUUACUCUUGGAGUUCCCCACAACAUAAUUCCAGGAUCAGAAAGAGCUACGGCUUCAAUAAUAGGAGAUGUGAUGGGUCCUACUUUGAACAACUUGGACAAUCUGUUGCGAUUACCAUUUGGCUGUGGGGAGCAGAACAUGAUCCACUUUGCUCCUAAUGUUUUUGUUCUGAAAUACCUGCAGAAAACCAAACAGCUCAGUCAUGAGGUGGAGAUUGAAGCUACUGAUUACCUUGUUCAAGGCUACCAGCGCCAACUGACCUACAAGAGACAGGAUGGCUCAUACAGUGCCUUUGGGGAGAGAGAUUCUUCAGGGAGCAUGUGGCUAACAGCUUUUGUCCUCAAGUCUUUUGCUCAGUCUCGUGGAUUCAUUUUCAUUGACCCAAAAGAACUAACAGCUGCCAAGGACUGGAUCAUCCAGCACCAGAAAGAAGAUGGUUCUUUUCCUGCCAUGGGCAGGAUACUAAAUAAGGACAUUCAGGGUGGAAUCCACGGUAAGAUCUCCCUGACAGCUUAUGUGGUUGCAUCUCUUCUGGAAACAGGUGUCACUUCUGAGGAAGAAAGAACAGCUGUUGACAAAGCAAAACACUUCCUGGAGUCCAACCUGUAUUCAGCAGAAGAUCCCUACACCACUGCCCUGACUGCCUAUGCCCUGACCCUGCUGCACAGUCCCUCCGCGGCCGCGACGCUGCGCAAGAUGAACAGCUUGGCCAUCACCCAAGAUGGCUUUACACACUGGAGCCUCACAGGAACUCUUGUUACUGAUGAAGAUACCUUCAUGGGAUUUAAUGAUGGACUCUCUCAGUCAGUUGUUUCUGCAGAAGUGGAAAUGACGUCCUAUGCCCUUUUGACAUACACACUCCUAGGAGAUGUGGCCUCUGCUCUCCCAGUGGUAAAAUGGCUUUCACAGCAAAGGAAUGCACUGGGAGGAUUCUCAUCUACUCAGGACACCUGUGUGGCCCUGCAGGCUCUGGCUGAAUAUGCCAUCCUGUCUUAUGUUGGAGGAGUCAACCUGACCAUUUCCUUGGCUUCUACUAAUCUGGACUACCAGGAGACAUUUGAGCUUAACAAGAUGAAUAAGAAAGUCCUCCAGACUGCAGUGAUCCCCAGUAUUCCGACGGGGCUGUUUGUGAGUGCCAAAGGUGAAGGCUGCUGUCUCAUGCAGAUUGAUGUGACUUACAAUGUUCCUGAUCCUAUUGCCAAACCAGCUUUCCAGCUCCUGGUUAACCUGAAGGAGCCAAAGUCAGAGCAGCAUCUCCAGGCUCCAAAUCCCCUGCGGUCUGGCUCUGCGGACGAGAAUCGCUCCGAAGCCUUGCACAGGGAGAGGGCACUGGGGGAUGAUGAUGAUCCAGCAUCAGACCAGGACCAUCGGGAGUACAAAGUCAUCCUGGAGACGUGCACUAGGUGGCUGCACUCUGGAUCCUCAAACAUGGCAGUCUUGGAAGUGCCAUUGUUCUCGGGAUUUCGGGCAGAUAUCGAGAGCCUGGAGCAGUUAUUGAUGAACAAACAAAUUGGAUUAAAAAGAUAUGAAGUGGAUGGAAGAAAAGUCCUGUUUUAUUUUGAUGAGAUUCCCAGCCAGUGCAUGACCUGUGUGAAGUUCCAAGCUUUCAGAGAGCACAUAGUUGGGAAAACAGCUCCUGUUCCUAUCAAAGUGUACGAUUACUACGAGCCAGCUUUUGAAGCAACUCGUUUCUACAAUGUGAGUGAAAACAGCCCCUUGGCUCGGGAGCUCUGUGAUGGGCCAACCUGCAACGAGGUGGAAAGCUCAGCCAGCCAGUGGGUUGGCUUUGUUCACUCUGGCCCAUGCAACAACAUUUUUGGCUGUUUGGAGGACGAAUACUUCGAGCAGUGCAUGUGCUCACGGGACUGUGGCUAUGAUGGGGAACCUGUGUGUGGCUCAGAUGGACAGAUCUACCCCAACCACUGCCAGAUGGAAGUAGCAUCAUGCAGGAAUAAUACCAGGAUAGAGCAGAUGCCCAUGUCUCAGUGUUCUGCAUCCAAGAACUUGCCAGAGGAAAGGGAGCCACACUCCCACCCAGCUGAGCAGCCCAGUGCUCCACAGACUCCAGCAG